AUGGCAUCGAAACGACUGCCGAGUGCGAGUUUCAUCGAGAACCCAUUUAUCAAGAAGCGAAAUUUAGAAUGGUCGCUUGAUGUGCCGGGGCCAAAGACUGAGGAUGGCGGACAGGGAGAGGAGAGUGAACCAGAUGAUGGGUUGGAGGUACGGGAUGCUGCAGCUGACGACUGGCCGGGUCGAGAUGUGGUCGCGAUACUGGACCCGCCAUCCCGCGAGCCCGAGCAUAAUCUCGAAAUUGAGUCCAGGAUCAAGCGCGAGGCUACUACAAACCUCUCAGCGGCGUUAGAAUCAGGCGUCGCAACGCAACCCGACCCGGCAGCGCACUUCUUCGCCCACCUAGCACGACAUACCCUCUCCCCUUACCCUGCCAACACGCCGCACCUCUCCGCCGACGGCGGCUUGCGCUCCCUCUUCCUCGCGCACGUGAGGUCGAGGCGGGGCGCGCACUUUGUGGUGCACCAGCACGACCACCCGAUCGCGGGCGUGCACUACGACCUCCGGCUGCAGGUGAAUGCCACAAGCAGCGUCAGCUGGGCGGUGAUGUACGGGUUACCCGGGGACGCGAACUCCAAGAGGUUGAACCGGAAUGCGACGGAGACGAGGGUGCAUUGUCUUUGGAAUCAUGUCGUUGAGGUUGGGAGUCGGGGCACGGGGAGUUUGGUGAUUUGGGAUUGUGGGUGGUACGAGGUGUUGGGGAGGGGUGAGAGAAGGAAAGGGAGGGGAGGGCCGGAGGUUGAUCCUGAUUCCGGGGGCGAUGAUGGUGAAGAUGAGGGGGAUGAUGAUGGGGAUGGGGGGAUGACGGGGCAGGACGAGUUGGCGAGGGCGUUUGCGGAGAGGAAGAUUCGGGUGAGGUUGCAUGGGAGUCGGCUUCCUGAGGGGUAUGUGUUGAAUCUGAGGCUGACUAAGGGGGAGGACGCGGAGGGGAGGAGGAAGAGUGCGAGGGCGAUGGGGAGGCCUGCGAGGAAGAGGAGGCGGGGUGGUGGUGGGAAGCAGAUGAAGAAGAAGAACGAAGUUGUCGAGACUAGUUCUGGCGGUGAGUCGAGUGAAGACAGGGAUGAGGACGUUGUUCCUGAUCCGCUUGAUGGUGGUGACCGUUACGGUGGUGAUGGUUAUGGUGGCGAGGGGGAGGAAAACAAGUUGUCAGCUGUGGAGAGGGAGAUUCGGGAGGUGGAGGACGAGUUCGUGAGGAGGACGAACGCGUAUCGGGGCGCGGAGAAUAGCGUCGGGAGCGUGUACCAGCGGCGAUGGUACCUUUCGCUUGAUCGGGAGGCGUGCGGGUUUGAGAGGAGGAGUAUUGGGGGGAAGAGGGUCUGGGUUCUGAGGGACCGUGAUGGUGGUGGUGAUGUUGAUGGUCAAGAGAACGAACAAGGUGGCAGUAGAAAGAGAGACGAGGUCGAUGAGAGCGGGAGGCUGAGGUUUCCGUUCUACGUUCGAGGUCCUGACGUUGAGAGGAGCGUUGUGACGGGACGAAGGGGGGAUGAGGUUUUGAGUGACGAGGGUGUCGAGGGGUUUGUGAGGAGGAAGGGGUGGAGGCCUGUGUUGAAUUGA